AUGGCCCACCCAGACGCUGCCUUUAUCAUUCAUCCCCUUUUUGACCUCCAGCGCCAAUCGGAGCUCAUCCUCCACGAUCUGAGCAAACUACACUCCUUGUUAUUGAGGGCUCAUUCUCCUGAUGUCUGGCGCGCCUACCGACGCAUUGCAGCUGAGGUGGACCUACAUACCAACAAGAUUCGCAUACUCGCCAUGGUGUGCUGGAGUAUUUUCGACGCCCUUGGCCACGACCUCACAACCCAUCAACGUCACAUCGGGCAAAAGAAUUUUCGUUACCUGCUUGAGGAUCUGCAUAAGGUCCCCAACAUUGCAUCCGUCACCUUGGCACUAGAUGCACUCCGCCAGACGAUGCGCACGCGUCUCGUGUACCCAUGGGGGCUGGACGUAUUCGUUCAGGGGACGCUCAUCCCUUUUGUGCAGCGGCACAACCUCCCAGUCAAAUUUCCCAGAGCAGAGGCUCUGCUCCAAGGCGUACCGCUCUUGGCGGCCAUCGACGAUCAUGUGCAUGCAACUGUGUGUAUCGCACAAGCGUGGAUGCCGAUCUGGCGUGGAGUCUGCGAAGGCUUCAGCCCGAUGGCCGUCCUGCGCAUUCACCAACUGCCGCCCGAUAUUCGAAAGCGUGUCAUCGAGCCCGUGACAGCAAUCACAGCGAUCACAAUGCGCUGCAGAAAAGAAAUGGACUUCAUCACUUUGCGGAUUGCGUUUUGUAAUACUGAUAGAACGGGGGUUCCAUUGCUUGACAAGCGCCGUUUUCGGUAUGCCGACCCUACGUACCAACCUUGACCCGCAAGUGUAUAACCAUCUUAUAUCUCAUUUCGCCAGCCAUUGAAAACAUUCUGCAUCACUGC